AUGGCGGCCAUAUUCCAGGACGAUUCUCUGGUUGAGAAACAUCUCAACACGGCGCUCCUGAUGUACAUCAAGCACAUCGUGUCGUCCUCACAUCCCAACGAUGCUGCCGUGGACAAAUCUGCUAUCGACCCCUCUCCAAACCCGCAAACCGUGCGACAAUACCUGAACGGGUGGCAUACGCCCGACAUCGCUCUGAGAGACCGUUAUCGCCAGCUGCAUGAAGAGUACGACGAGGCGACGAAGUCGUAUGACGAGUCCGUCAACCAAACCAACAAUCGAAUAGCAACAGUGCCAUCACAGGCGGUCUCGAGCACAGAUUCGCCCCGAGGCCAGAACGGCAUCGUGCCGAACAAACAUCGAGAUCCACGAGUUUGGAUGAGCAUCAGGGAGUCCCUCUCUUCCGCGAGGAUGGAGGCGUUGGAGGAAUGGUCCGUGGAGCUGAUUGUGGCUUUGGACAUUAACUUUAUCCUUCUGAGAGUCUACCACAGAGGCAUGCCUGCGAGCUGGAUGGAAGAAGCGCUUCUUACUACGCUCAGCGACUAUCCUUAA